AUGAAGUUCCUCAAGGUCGGCAGAGUCGCCAUCAUCACCCACGGCCGUUACGCCGGCAAGAAGGUCGUCAUCAUCCAGCCUGUCGACUCUGGCAACAAGGCUCACCCCUUCGGCCACGCCCUGGUCGCCGGCAUCGAGCGCUACCCCUCCAAGAUCACCCGCCGCAUGUCCAAGACCCGCCAGGAGAAGCGCAACAAGAUCAAGCCCUUCGUCAAGCUUGUCAACUACAACCACUUGAUGCCCACCCGCUACACUCUCGAGCUCGAGGGCCUCAAGGGCGUCGUCAGCAACGACACCUUCAAGGAGGUCACCCAGCGUGAGGAUGCCAAGAAGCAGGUGAAGAAGGUUCUGGAGGAGCGUUACACGAGCGGAAAGAACAGAUGGUUCUUCACGCCUCUGAAUGUUGAGACCAUCGCCGUUUAG